GCGUCUUUCUCACACACACUGGAAAGCCCUCGUCGUUUGCAAAACAAAACAAUGGAGCCCUCGUCGUUGUCAUCUGCAGCCAUUGCUCGGCAAACUUGGGAGCUGGAGAACAACAUUGUCUCCGUCGAUCAGCCGCUCUCAGCUUCCGUCACGUCGUCGUCCUCCGCCGCCGCCGACGCCUCGUCCGACCACAUAUUCUACUACGACGACGCGGCGCAGGCCAAGUUCCAGCAGGAGAAGCCAUGGGUUCAGGACCCUCACUACUUCAAGCGCGUGAAGAUCUCCGCGCUCGCCCUCCUCAAGAUGGUCGUCCACGCUCGCUCCGGUGGGACUAUUGAAGUCAUGGGACUUAUGCAGGGUAAGACCGACGGUGACGCCAUAAUUGUUAUGGACGCUUUUGCCCUACCCGUUGAGGGCACUGAGACCCGUGUUAAUGCUCAGGCCGAUGCCUAUGAAUAUAUGGUCGAUUAUUCCCAGACCAACAAGCAGGCUGGCCGGUUGGAGAACGUUGUUGGAUGGUAUCAUUCCCAUCCUGGUUAUGGAUGCUGGCUUUCUGGUAUCGAUGUUUCUACGCAAAUGCUUAACCAGCAGUUUCAGGAGCCUUUUCUGGCUGUUGUUAUUGAUCCGACAAGAACCGUGUCUGCUGGGAAAGUAGAAAUUGGAGCUUUUAGGACAUAUCCAGAUGGUUAUAAGCCCCCAGAUGAGCCUGUUUCUGAGUACCAAACCAUCCCUCUGAACAAGAUUGAAGACUUCGGCGUGCAUUGUAAGCAGUAUUAUUCAUUAGACAUCACGUAUUUUAAGUCGUCCCUUGAUUCCCAUCUCUUGGAUCUAUUGUGGAACAAGUAUUGGGUAAACACACUUUCAUCUUCGCCUUUGCUCGGGAAUGGUGAUUAUGUAGCUGGACAAAUAUUAGAUCUAGCUGACAAGCUUGAGCAAGCCGAAAAUCAGUUGGCACAUGCUCGUUUCGGACCUUUAAUGGGGCCCUCCCAGAGAAAGAAAGAGGAAGAUUCACAACUUGCGAAAAUCACUCGUGAUAGUACAAAGAUAACUGUCGAACAAGUUCAUGGUUUGAUGUCUCAGGUCAUCAAGGACAUUCUCUUCAACACUGUACGUCAAUCUAAUGGAAGUCAAGCAGAGUCAUCAGGGCCUGAACCUAUGGUUGAAACCUAAAAGACCCUGCUGAAGUUUACCUUCUCUGACGGAUUUGUCAAUCUGUAGAAUUUUGGUAGAAAGAUGUGUUUAUAUUGGUAGCUGAACAUCGAUCUAAAUUAUCCGACUGAAUGGAAGUUUCAAAUUACUGCAUCCAGUAGUUUUCUCUUUUGCAAUCUAUGUUUGAUUGGAUUUUUUAGUACUCUGUUUGUUUGCAGACGUUUUAUUUUGAUAGCAUAUUAUGUGGUUGCCGUCCAUUUUCUCGUUAAUGUUGCUUUAAAGAGAAAUCCUUUUCGAACCUUUGGCAGCUAACUUAGUAGCAGUUAGCACUGCAUUCUGAUCAAAUUUAGUGUAUUGAUUUUUUUUUGGAAGAUUCCACUAAUUCUUUCUUCUGUGAAUGUUUCUUGUCUCCAUCAGAAGAUCUAUUUUCUA